GUUUUUCUCUAUAUCGAUUAUUAUCACAUGCCUCAAUAGAUAUACACCAAACCAGAUCAACCAAAACCCUAUUAGCUUCACAUCAAAUCAUAGAAUCAUCAAGAUAUAGAGAUCCUUAGCUUUCUCCCUCGAUUCAAAUCAUUCCGUUCAUUCUCCAUCUCUAUCUUCUUUCUUCUACCUAGAUUAAUUACGACAAAACUAUAACCACAUUGUGACGUCUUCAAUCUAUCAACUGGAGCAAGCAAGAAGUGUGAAAGGAAAGGAGUAACUUAGAUAAGAGGUCAACUGUGCCAUCAAGAUAAUCUGAACUUGUUGUAGCUAAUUUUCAUUUUUCAGUUGGGCUUCCUGCUUUGUAGGUGGCAUGGAAUUGAUUUGACUUAUAUUGAUAAGUGAUGAUAGAAGUAUAAGGAGUACUGGCGAUUUUCUCUUAUGUGGCAAUAUUGAUGAUAAAGUUGAUCCAAAUUCUGAAAUGGAUCGUAAUAGCGAUGUUCCCGUGUGCUCUACUAGCACAGUUAAUAUUUCACACUCACACCAGAGUUUCUGUGGCUUUGUGCAACAGCCUGCAUUUGUGAGUGGAUGGAUGUAUGUGAAUGAACAGGGACAAAUGUGUGGUCCCUAUAUUAAGGAGCAGUUAUAUGAGGGCCUAACUACUGGUUUCUUGCCAUUUGAACUUCCUGUGUAUCCUGUGAUUAAUGGCACAAUAAUGAACCCUGUGCCAUUGAAUUAUUUCAAACAGUUUCCUGACCAUGUUUCCACUGGGUUUGCAUUUCUGAGUAUGGACUUCUCAGGCACAAGGAUGCCAACAAAUUGCUCCUCUUCUUCUCUUCUGGCUGUUAACCCUGAUUCAAUGUCUGUUUUGCCGUCACAUGUCAAUGACUGCAUUAAGCAAUCCAAUCACUUGAAUUUAAAUUCAGAGGCAUUCAGCAGGAUAAUUUCUUGUCAGAUGGUUGGAGGAGAAUGCUGCUGGCUUUAUGAGGAUAAAAAGGGUAUCAAACAUGGGCCGCAUUCCAUUUCAGAAUUGAUUUCCUGGUACCACCAUGGAUAUCUUGAAGAUUCAACAGUGAUCUCUCAUUUUGACAAUAAGUAUGGAACCUUUAUGUUGCUGUCUGCUGUAAAUGCCUUGAAAGAAGAUAUAUCUGGAACCAUCUGUGGAUCAGAUUCCAAAAGCAAUGGAGUUGGUAAUGUGGUGAACUUAGUUUGUGAAAUAUCUGAAAACAUUUCUUCCCAAUUGCACAUGGGUAUAAUGAAAGCUGCCCGUAGAGUUGUGCUAGAUGGAAUUAUUGGUGAUAUCAUUGCAGAAUUUGUUACUGAAAAGAAAUACAAUAGGCAUAAGCUUGAGUCUGCUGAUCAAACUUCUGAAACUUGCAUGUUGGACAGUAAAAUGAUGAAUAAACGUACUUCCAUUUCAAGUGAGCCUGCACCUUCCCAUAUUUUGGACGGUCAGGCUUGUCAUGAAAUUUCCAGACCAUCCUUAACAAGUGUUAAAUCAGUUGGAAGCAUUGAAAAUUUUUGGUGGUCAUAUGCUGCUGUUCGUAAAGUACUUUUUGAACAUUGCUUGCAAGUCAUGUGGAAUGCAAUUUUUUCUGACACUGUAACAGAGUAUGUAUUUUCCUGGAGGAAGAGGAAACGUUGGUCUCAUCCUACGCCUCAAUCAUCUGUUAAUGAAUCUAAAGAUUAUGUUGAUAUGAUUAAAUCAGAAGCUUUGGUUCUCAGGCCAGGUUCCUCUGUAUGCAAUGUUGAUGGUGAUAUCCAGUCUGGAGUGAUGAAGACAGAAAGAGAUUGUCAUACUGAGUUAUUUUCAUCUCCUAAUAACCUCAAAAGCAGAAACUUACCAGAAGGUCAAACAGUUUCAUGCAGUGAUCAUAACUCUAAAGAUUUGACAUGCAUUAUUGGAAUUGUGGAGAAUGAGCUUCACAUCUCUUCGAAGGAAUCUUUAGCUGAUUACGUUCAAAGUGUUGUUGACAAGGAAGUAAACAAAUUAAUUCCUUCCUUAGAGAAAGACAGAUCUAGUGAGUUGCAGGUUGAUGUUAGUGACUGCCAUUUAUCGGAGAUGCUUACUGGUAAAACAUCUGUUAAUAAAGUUCUAAAUGACAAGUCUAUUGAUCCUGUGAAAAGUGGAGACUCAAUUUGUGUGCCUUCAUCUGAAAACCGUAUGUCUAAUGUAUUCUCAAAAGCAUUUCAAGAAUUGUGUGGACAUUUAAAUGAUGUGAUUGAUGAAGAGGAGAUUGGUGACCUUCCACCUGGAUUCGAAAAGAACUCUCAGACAAUUGUCCCACACUACAAAUCAAAAUUUCGACCUUCAAGAAUAGUUGAAUGUAAUCCUAAGAUUACAGAAUAUGUUGCAUCUGCACUGUGCAGACAGAAGCUGCAUGAUAAAGUUCUAGAAGAGUGGAAGUUGUCGUUUCUAGAUUCUGCAUUUAAUCAAGUUUUUAUGUCUUCGUGUACCAUAAAGAAACAUUUUCAGUGUCGUGGUCACGAGAAGGGGAAAUCAGUCAGUGUAAGCAAGAAACAAUUGGACGAUGCUACUUCUGGACUGGGAAAAGUGAAGGAAGGUGCAAAAAGUUCUGGAGCUCCUCCGGUGAGUGGAAAGUAUGCAUAUUAUCGCAAGAAGCUGUCACGGAAAGAGUUUGGCUCCUCUCAGUCUGUCGUAGAAGACGAUUCAGGGCCAGGGAAGCAGCCUCUGGCUAAGUUAAGGAAAAUUGUUUCUGGAGAUGUGCAUGAGACUGCAGAAGUCAAAAUAGCUGCUAUUAAACGUGGAAAGGCUAAGAUGUUUAAAGGGAAGAAGGAUACAUCUUCUAAAAGCAGGUCUUCUGUCAUUGUCAAUAAUAGCUCACCCAGUUAUCAGUUAUCCCUGACGAAUAAAACUAGCCAGAAAGUAUUGAAGUUGGCGUGUACAGUUCAAAAUGAUGUUAUGGAUGUUGUGAAGUCUAAUAAAAGGAGGCUUUCUACGUCAACAGAUAAUAGUGUUAACAUGAAGGUGAUAAAAAGCAAUAACUCUGAUGGCACCAUUCACAGGAAGACCACUGGUCAUAUUCCCAGAGAGAAACUAAAUGAUGAUGUUAAGGAUAUUAUGAAGUCUAAUGAAAAGAGGCUUUCAGCGUCAACUAAUAUUAGUUUUAGCAUGAAGGUGGUUAAAAGCAAUAACUCUGAUGGCACUGUUCACAGGAAAACUGUUGGUCAUAUCUCUAGAGAGAAACUAAAUGAUGAUGUUACAGAUGUUGUGAAGUCUAAUGAAAAGAAGCUUUCAGCGUCAACAGAUAAUAGAGUUAGCAUGAAGGUAGUUAAAAGCAAUAAUUCUGAUGGCACCGUUCAUAGAAAAACCACUGGUCAUAUCGCCAGAGAGAAACUAAAUGCAACAAAUAAAGCAUCAAAGUCAAAAAAGAAGCAUCAAACAGAUGGUGUGACAUCAUCACAUCCUGCUAAGGUUUUGAAAAUUUCAAAUAAGGGUGCAAGUCUGGGAGCUAGCAAAAAAGUAACUGUGGCACGGAGAGAUUCUGCUGAAUCCAAGUCAUUGGAUUUAUGUCCUCAAUCUAAUGGAUGUGCUAGGACUUCUAUUAAUGGGUGGGAAUGGCAUAAAUGGUCUCAAAGUGCAAGUCCUGCAUGUAGAGCACGUGUCAGGGGUCUUCUGCGUGUACAAAACAAGAGCAUAGGUUCUGAAAAUAAUUCAUCUCAGUUGUCAAAUGGUAAGGGUCUUUCUGCAAGAACAAAUAGGGUGAAAUUGCGCAACCUUGUUGCUGCAGCUGAGGGUGCAGAUCUUCUGAAAGUGCCUCAAUUGAAGGCACGGAAAAAGCAAUUACGUUUUCAAAGGAGCAAGAUACAUGACUGGGGUCUUGUUGCCUUGGAGCCAAUAGAAGCAGAGGACUUUGUGAUUGAAUAUAUUGGAGAAUUAAUUCGUUCUCGGAUAUCCGAUAUACGUGAGCGUCAAUAUGAGAAGAUGGGAAUUGGAAGCAGUUACCUUUUUAGACUUGAUGAUGGUUACGUGGUUGAUGCUACCAAGAGAGGUGGGAUUGCAAGAUUUAUUAAUCAUUCGUGUGAGCCCAACUGUUACACAAAGGUUAUAUCUGUUGAGGGUCAAAAGAAGAUUUUUAUAUAUGCAAAACGGCAUAUAAAAGCUGGUGAAGAGAUUACAUACAAUUAUAAGUUUCCCUUGGAGGAGAAAAAGAUUCCCUGCAACUGUGGUUCCAAAAAGUGUCGCGGAUCAAUGAAUUAGGCAGUUAUUGUGACUAAUCCUCGUAUGCACUCACCACUGAGAGUGGACAAUUCUUGCCUUAGGAUUAUACUCUCAAGAUACAUGUUGCAUGCUGAAGAUUUGAAGACUAUUACUGCAUAUUACACUUGACAGUUGACAUCAAAUUGGAUGAGUUGCGGCUGUGCUUGUUUCCACAUACCUUGUAUUUAUGGAUCACCAACGUUGACGAUAUGCUGAACUGAAUGCUAUUGGUGACUGGCGUUGCCAACUUGUUUGGUGAUGGAAUAACUAACUUGGGCAUUCUUGUAGACAGUUGUGGCAGAGUAGCUCAAGUAGGAAAAACUGUUAGGUUGCUGAAUUGGAUUUAUGCUACUGGUAUGUUUCUCUUUCUGCCCCUUGUUAUAGUCAUUGCUCGUCAGUUCUUUUUAUUUGUUCUCUAGUGGUUCUCGGUUCCAUCAACUACUCAGCAAAUAAAGUGAUCAUUGAGCAGGAGCUAAAGGUAAUAAAAAAUGAAUUCCUGGCCAAUACCAUUACCAUUUUGGAUGAGAGAAAUGUUAAAAAGGGUUAGGAGCAGUGACUUUCACGUUAUUUUGUUGUUUGGUUCCUUAUGAUACUUAGAAAUUCUCAUGCUCACAAUUACUACAACGAACUAAUUUCAAAUUGUUUUAUACUAACUAAUCAAAUCAUUUUUUUAAUUUAAAUUAUUUACUCUAAUCAAUUUUCCGUAGAUAUAUCGUGUGGAGUUUGUAGAUAUAUCGUGUGGAGUUUGUACUGGCGAGAUUAACAAACAUUGUUAUUUUACAUGUUUUCUUGCAUUCUAAUUUUUUUAAGGGAAAAAAGUGUAGAGAUAAAUUGUGAUGUUAACAACGUUUCUGAGAAGUUUGCUUGAAAAGACAAGUUCGUAAAUGGAAAAGUGGGUGUUUAGAACGUUUAAAAUAGUGUUACAAUCUCACUCUAUUUUGUACAUAUAUUAAACUGUGUAAUGCUAUCAUCAGUUUUUUUUCUUUCAAA